AUGUUCCUGAGCCCCGGCGAGGGGCCGGCGGCGGAGGGCGGGGGGCCGGGCCCGGGCGAGGAGGCCCCCAAGAAGAAGCACCGGAGGAACCGCACGACCUUCACCACGUACCAGCUGCACCAGCUGGAGAGGGCCUUCGAGGCCUCCCACUACCCAGACGUUUACAGCCGCGAGGAGCUGGCGGCCAAGGUGCACCUGCCUGAGGUGCGCGUGCAGGUGUGGUUCCAGAACCGACGGGCUAAGUGGCGCCGCCAGGAGCGUCUGGAGUCAGGCUCCGGGGCUGUGGCAGCCCCAAGGCUCCCCGAGGCCCCAGGACUGCCGUUUGCCCGCCCCCCAGCCAUGCCACUGCCCCUGGAGCCCUGGCUGGGCCCCGGGCCCCCGGCUGUUCCAGGCCUCCCGCGCCUCCUGGGCCCAGGCCCGGGGCUGCAGUCACCCUUUGGCCCCCAUGCCUUUGGUCCAGCCUUCACGGAGGGCUUCCCCCUGGAGGAGGCAUCCUUGCGGCUGCUGGCCAAGGAGCACGCACAGGUUCUGGACAGGGCUUGGCCCCCAGCCUGAGUGGGGCCCACCCAGCCCAGUCUUCUCCGCCUGUCCAUGGCCACCCAUGCUGGAGCCCCCAUCCC